AUGGCGAAUCAGAGACGCGUAGCCAGUUCUUUGCCGACGCCUAUAUCUUCCGACCAAUCGUCUAUUGUCGUCGACCAGACAUCCAAUGCCAAUGCGCGACCGUCUUCGGUGACUUAUACCUCGCUCCCUGUCGAGACUUCUGCCCCCUUGGCUCUCAUACACAGGUCCCACACCAUCGACACCUGCCGAAGCGUCUACUUUCGAGACCUCGAAGAGUUUUACGAGGCAGAAGUCCAGUGGGCUUCUCAGUUGCAGGCGAACAAGGACGCACUGCCCCAAGAGCUGUCGCCCAACCGUCUCCUGAGAUUCACAUCGUCUUUGAUUGUCAAGCAGGGCUACCUGUGGAACAUCAAGGGCGCCCAGCUUUGUCUCCAUCUCCCCUUCGAGCUCUCCUCGGACGAGGUGUCCCAGCUCUGGAAGCUUCCCAGCUUGGUGAACAAGAUGUUCAGCGAGACAUACCCUCUUGCUCUUACCAUGCACAAUGCCAGGUCAGACUUGAAGGCCUGGGUGGACUCGGGCAACGGAGGCAGGACCGUCAUCAUGGACCUCGCGCCUGAAAUGGCGAGAAGCAUUCUCGACUUUGACACUCGAUUCAUCGACGAGUACAAGUAUGUGCUCUGUGGCAGACACUCUUCCAACUAUGCCCACAUCCCAUCACUAAAGUUUAUGAACUUUGGCACCACCUAUCACCCGAAGACCGAUACCCUCUCUUCUCCCUCUGCAAACAAGUCUGACUUUAUGCUAAAGAACUUGAAGAAUGAGCACAAGCAUCUCGCGAACGAGCUCCAACAGGCUGAAGAGUGGCACAACCCCGACCCUCUGGCCGUAUACUCGUCCUUCAACGAGAGUGCCAAUGCCGAAGGGGAAGAGGGAGCGAGGUCGAGAGGGUUUGUUGACGAGUUUAGGUUCUGUGUGACUGUGUGA